AUGUUACUCAAGGAAAUCUUGAUUGCAGCUACUCUGGCUGUCCUGGUCAGUGGUGGUGAGAUGGAAUGCCCAACUACAGAGGUUGCAGCACACAUGUGGGCCACGUGGAAGACUAAUAUGUGUCAUAGAACAUUGAUUGAACAGCUAAGAAUCAGUAUGGAUGAUUGCACGGACAAACUUACCACAUUAGGCGAGUGCAUCGAGGAAACCCUUGCAGAAUGUCCCUGUUUAAACGGUGAGAUGAGUUCGGAAAUUCGUGUUCUAUUACAAGAGUUGUUUGAUCAACAAAUCAGACGCGCCACAAUUUUCUGCCCCGAAGUGGAUACAUUGAUGAAUCUGAUGGACCAGCCAAUUUUGGAGCUUGUGAAUUGUGAGCUAGCGCGGUCGAUUGAGGUGUGCUCGGAAGAAUUUUUAGCGAUAUUCCGAGAAAACAGCGUUGAUAGCAGACUGUGCCAAGCUUAUAAUGUUAUGAUAGUAUGUGUUGCGGAUGUUGCUAGAAGAAGUUGUCCUGAUAUUGAUGAGGAUACGAUAGCAAACCAAGUUCAAUUUCGUCAACACAUGAAUAUAUAUUGCCCCAUGGAGCUUGGUGGUGUUUCCUCUGCCAGCUGGCCCCCGUCAUGCCCUAUGUCGAUGACGGACGUACCGAUGUGGGCAAGAUGGAAGAGUAAAAUGUGUCUCAUGGAGGUGAUAGCAGACCUGAGAGAAAAUGAUGACAAUUGUCAAGUAUUGGUUUCAGACAAUCUCCAAGCCUGUGUGGAUCAGACUCUGACAGACUGUCCGUGUUACAAUAACGAAAUGUCUGAUGAGAUACGAGUGAUGGUACGAGAGCUGUUUAAUGUACAAGUUGACCAUUACUUGGCAAUGUUUUGCUCUGUGGGCGAGCCAUUGAUGGAGCAAGUGGACCCACCAUCUUUGGGAUUCUGUGACCUAGGCAACGAAGUCCAAGGGUGUUGUGAUGAAUACAUCAGUGUCUCUGGGGAAAAUCCUGUUGAUAUGCAACUAUGCAACAUAUACAAUGACCGCAUCAUGUGCAUUGCUGAAACUACUAAACGUGUUUGCGUUGAUAUCGAAGAGUCUGACAUAAUAUACCGUGCCACACUUCGCCAACAUGUCAAUAUAUACUGUGGUGGUGAUGAAACAGGUGGUAAUAGAGGCGAUCACAGUGCAGAAUCGACGUGGAUGGACGAUGUGGAGACAUGCCCGUCUUCGCUAAUACGGAUACCACAAUGGAUUAUGUGGAAGAUACAUCCAUGUCUUAGAGAAUUCAUUGAACAAUUGCGUGGCGACCAGGGUGUUGAUCACUGCCACGAGAAAGUGAGAGAUUUGAGAGCGUGCAUCGAAGAAAAGACUGAAAAGUGUCGUAGUGGACUUCAGGAAUUAAUGGAGACGUUUUUACAAGAGAUAUUAACCCAUCGCGUAGAGAAAACAUCGGCAAUGUUUUGUUCAGACGGCAACAGUACUGCAUACAUGGACUCUCCUUUAUUUGAGAUCGAUGGUUGUGACAUGAGUGGGCAGAACACCCAAAUGUGUCGUCAAAAGUUUCAGGAUAUGUUCAGAAACGACCGCUUGGAUGAAAAACUUUGCGGUGAAUACAAUGACAUGGUAAACUGUUUUGCUGACAUUGUUCGUAAUACUUGUGAAGUUAUACCGGCGAAUAUAAUAACGUCACAUUCUGAUUUCCUCCAGCGAGUCAAUAUGUUUUGCCCCGGUGACGUCGGUGUACGUCUUAAUGACUCACCUGACUCUGGGGGCAGCAAAGUCAGCCUAGGGCUUCCCAUGUGUGCCGUAUUAGCAGUUUUCACGUUUGGCUAA